GUCAAAGUUGUAGGUUAUGUUUCCAAAUUGUAAUUGUAAUGUAAUAAAAUUUUACUAAAUAUGGGAAGAAAGUGUUUAGUUUUUAUUUCUAUGUUGUAUUUAGGUAUGUCAUUUAUGCUUUUAGAAUCAGACUGUACCCAUAUUAAAGGCACUUGGAACACUAAGGACUUCUUCAAAUUUCUAGUUAAAUUUGGUGUACAAAAGACAGAUCUUCGAUUCAAAAAAGACACUCUAGGAUACAUUUUUGGAAAUAUCACCCUAAAAAGUGAUUUUAAGUUUAAUGCCACCUUAGCUGUGCUAGAUAGAGCGUUUUUUCUUGAUUACUAUGGAAAUAGGACAAUUGUAGAUAAGGAAUUGGCAUGUCAACAAAUGUUUAGUAAAAUCAAGGAGGUUGCUUAUGAUUCUGUAUGCUUGACUGAAGGAGAAGAUUUCUUGAGAAAGGUACCUUGCCUAGAUGGAAAAUUAUGCUAUGAUGAAGAUGCCCCCUGGGAUGUUAUAAAAGGUUCUCAAUUCACAUUUCAAGUAGAAGACCUCAAAGAACCACGGUUUUGGUAUGUAAGUUUAGUUGCUUGCUACCGCAAUACAUCCGGAGGUUGUGGUUUCCAUCAUAUACCAGACGAUGCUGAACUUGAAUAUGACAUUUGGCUGGUGAAUGGAAACCCUAACACAACUAGCUACAAUCCACUAGUCUACCAGUUCUCAUUUGAUCGCCAAAACACACUUCUUCUCUAUCUUCUCUUCUUCAUCGCCUACUUGGUUUUGGUUCCUCUUCAAGUUUUCGCUGUUACUCGGCAGCGACAUCCAGUCACUAGGCUAUUCACAGCGAGUCUUCUUCUGGAGUUUGUUGGAGUUAUGUUCAACGUCAUCGAUGUGGUAAAGUACUCAAUGGAUGGAGUUGGAACGCCAAGCCUAGCCACGGCAGGAGAUAUUUUGGAUAUUCUUUCAAGGACAACAUUUAUGCUCCUGCUGCUACUGUUAGCCAAGGGCUGGGCUGUUACCAGGAUGGAGUUGACGUGGAAACCAGUUGUGUUCAGCAUAUGGGUGUUGUAUGGAGUGGUACAUAUUUUGCUCUACGUCUGGAAUAGGACGGAAGUAGACAUCGUAGAGGAGAUAGAUGAGUACCAGACAUGGCCAGGAUGGCUGAUCCUUGUGUUAAGGUGUGUCAUCAUUGUGUGGUUCCUUUUUGAACUGCGCAACACGAUGUUGUAUGAACACAAUGACAGCAAACUCCACUUCUUCCUUCACUUUGGUGCUUCAGCGCUUGUCUGGUACAUUUACCUACCUGUUGUUGCUCUGAUAGCACUUCAAGUGCCACCCUUCUGGCGCUUCAAGCUGCUGCUAGGGAUCACAUACUCUGCCGAUUGUCUGGCGUAUUGUAUCAUGACUCAUCUGCUCUGGCCAACAAGAACAGAGCAGUAUUUCCUGCUUGCUCAUUCGCUCGACCCUAGCGAUGAGUUGGACGAGUUCAAUGAAGCACCACAUGUGCUAAAUUCGGGCUACACGAGUUUGCGAAACUCCAUCAACUCGGGUAGUGCCCAGGAUCUGACCUUUACCACCAUACAGAGUGCAGGCAGCACAUCAGACUUGGCUUCACUGGAGUACUCCAAGAUGGUCAUGUGAUCCAACCAACUCCGGGAUAACCCCGGAGAUAAUUUUAUCCGCACCAGCAGAGUUUAGCCGAUGGACUAAGCCUCAGCCUGUGAUCAAUCCUAUACCUGCAGACUAAGGUGCCUUCUUCUUUCUUUUAUACAUCAGUACGUUGGUUGUAUAAUGGGUCAUGUGCAUUUAGUUUAACAUAAGUAUGUUUAUUUAUACUCAAUUCAAUUUUGUUGAUUUUAGUUACAGUAAUUAAUUGUAAAUACUAAAUAUUCAUCUUUGAUUUAAGAUGAUUUAAUGAUAGUUUUAAUGGGGUUUUAUAAGAUAAUUUGUAUAUUAUGUUGAAUUUAAACAUUUUUAAUUUUAUUCAUGGUAAAGUUAUUGUCCUUACUUUGUUAAAGCAUUUUAUAAGUUAAAAAUUAAUUCAAUGGCAAAAUAUUUCCCAAGAAUAAUUAAGUUGAGAUCAUGGUGAACUAUAACAGAUAAGGUGUCAUAAUGAAAUCAAAAUCUAAGAGCUAAGCAGUAAUGGAUUACCAUAGAUAUUUUCUUGGGUGAAUUAUAAGUAGGGAUGUCCCAAUUCCUAUCCUCGAUUCCUCAAAAGCAUUUGUUGAGUCUCGACAUGUAGUGUUCGAGGUUUGGAGCCGAUCCCUGCAUGUUUUUAACCGGAUUGUAAGAUUAUUCUUCUCUUACCAUUGCAUUGAAGUUAUAAAAAUGUUUAGUUAAAAUUUAAUACAGUAUUGGAUUUUAAAAUCUUGAAUUUUUUUUUACUCACCACUGAUUGUACGCCUUAAACCAGACAUAUACACAAGAAACAGGUUACAUUAUAUUAGUUUACAAUUUCUUCCAAAAACAAUUCAUUCAUUAAAAUUAGACAUGA